AUGGCGAAACCCCUCUUAGUAACCCCCAAAUCCCCACACUCAUUCAACCACCCCCCCUUAACCUCACCCCCCAUAACAGCCGCCCCCUUGGACCGCACCCCCCCCCCCCCCCCCCCCCCCCCCCCCCUCCUUCCUCCACACCCCUGCCCCACCCACGGUAGUCCCUGCAGCGGGGUCGCUGCUGGCGGUGUAGCUGCUGGUGGGGUCUCUGCUGGCGGUGUAGCUGCUGGCGGGGUCUCUGCUGGCGGGGUCUCUGCUGGCGGGGGUCUCUGCUGGCGGGGUCUCUGCUGGCGGGGUCUCUGCUGGCGGGGGUCUCUGCUGGCGGGGUCUCUGCUGGCGGGGUCUCUGCUGGCGGGGUCUCUGCUGGCGGGGGUCUCUGCUGGCGGGGGUCUCUGCUGGUGGGGGUCUCUGCUGGCGGGGUCUCUGCUGGCGGGGGUAUCUGCUGGCGGGGUCCCUUCUGGCAGGGUCUCUGCUGGCGGGGUCUCUGCUGGCGGGGUCUCUGCUGGCGGUGUCGCUGCUGGCGGUGGCACUGCUGGCGGUUCCGCGUGGUCGCUUGCUGGCGGGCUUGCGGGUCGCGUACGAUCUGGAGCGUGCAGUGGCGGAGCAGUAGCUUCUCCCGCCAGUCCCGCCACGCUCGCCAUUCCCGCCACUCCCAUCACAGCAGCUGCGAAGUCGACGGGAGGCGGGCGGGGACGGAGCAUCGCGACGAGGCAGCGUGACGGGAAAGGGCGACGAGGAAGGCAGCGCCGGGUCGAGGGUCCGACGGGGGGUAAGAGCGGCGGCGGGUUUGCUGGCGGGUCUGUCGGCGUGCUUGCUGGCGGGUCCGUCGGCGGGCUUGCUGGCGCUCUCGUUGGCGGAACCGACGGCGGGUCCGUUGGCAGGUUUGCUGGCGAGUCCGUCGGUGUACUCUCUGGCGGGUCCGCCGGCGUUUUCGCUGGUGCGUUCCUGGCGUGCACGUUGGGGUGCGUUGCUGGUAAUACGCGGGCGACGGGCUGA